UUCGCUCUAAUCCGCUACCUUAUUAACAAGCUUUAUAUACCUUAAACAAAGAUUACGUAUUUUGAUAAUUAAUAACGCGUCGUCACCCUUGUUCUGUUAACAAGUUUGCAUAAGAUUACGCGAAAAUCAAAUCACAGACUAAACACUCGAAGCAAAGAUUAAUCAUUUUUAAUCGAUCUUUAUAACAGCCAGGUGGAAACGGUGUAACUCAUGCGCGAAAAUAAGUUUAAUAGUUUGCGCGUUAAUUAACUCUCGGAUCAAUCAAACGUCAAUACGGACCACGGCAACGAGUUCGAGAAAGUGCUGCGCGUUGGUAAACAUAAGACGUUUCGAGACGGAAAAGACGCUCUCAAAUCGUCCGCAGAUAUUUCUUGAACUAUAUAAUCAGCGAUAAGUUUGCCCUUUAAUUGAUGGAUUUUAUUGGAACUUAUUUUGUCGAUCGCAUUAAAUUUCAGUGAAAUUAGAGACAGGGCCCAGCCAUGACCGCAGUGCACUCGUCAGUGAGACCACCAAAGAGCAAGCUCCCUUGGGGAACCAUCCUCAAGCCCGUAUUCGGGCUCGGGUACCAGAAGAUGACUGAAUACGAGAUUGAGCAGACCGUGAACAGGCUCAAUAAGCUUCCGGCGCCCAAGGAGCGCCCCGUCGUGCGCGUCGGAAAAAAGAUGGAGAAUGAAGAAAUAGAGGAGAUGAUUCAGCGUCUUACAACAUUUAAAAAGGAAAAGAUCCCCGACGCUGAUCGCCGUAUGACGUCAUCACCUUACCGACCAAUGGGCGUCGUCAGCUCAUACGCAUGGCAAGGCUACAACUGAGAUCUGAAUUUAAACGGGACUUGGUUUUGAGAGAAUCGGCGAUUUCGUGCGUGAAGCUUCUUCAAAGUUCACAAAGUGAAUUACUGCACAAAUUUUGACACAAGCAAAUGCGGGACAUUUCAUUCAUAUUUAAUAGUAUAUCUUGCGCACUUAUGUUUUAAAUAAGCUUUAAGAAGAGCUCCGGAUAUUUGUCGCAUUACUUGUUCGAUUUCAAUAAAAUCGCCAUUAAUACAAGAGAAUUAACAUAAAUAUGGCUUCAUAAAUAGAUAUUUAUUUAAAUUUUUCAGUAAGUUAUAACGCUGGUAACUGAAUAAUAAUGUAUAUAAAGAUUUGAGUAUUCCUGACAAACUGCACGCCUGUGUAAACCUGUCUAAAGAUGCAUGCAUGUUCAUUUGAAGUAGUUGUUUAAAUUUAUUAACAAACAGCAUUUAUUUAUAGCAGAAAUCCAUAACAUAUUAACUUGUUUUUACAUUUGCAUAAUAUUCAAAAACCGCUGUCCUAUUUUGUUAACGAUGUUAAACUUAAACGGAACCAAGUGAUUGUUGUAAGUUAUUCGUGUUCAGUUUAAAAUGGAGAGUAUCAUAUGUCUAUUCCGAAGCAAAUGUCGAAUGUUUUUCCACAAUAUUGCAAACUUACAUCAAUUACUAAGCAUAUUCGUUAAAUGAUGAAUUUUCAAUCUGUUAAUGUGAUUGCACGUCUUUAAAUAUGAACAAAAGUAUUAGAGAACAGAAACACAAUUCUUGCAACAAUUUGAAUCCAAUGUCGGAUCCCAUGACAACAACGGUAGGAUCCCGUCAAAUCUAUAGGGUAGAUCCAAUCGCACUUAAAGAUAGAUACCAUCAAAAUAAUGGUCAGAUCCCAUCACACUUAGGAUCGGAUCUAAUCACACUAGUUGUCAAAUCCCAUCACACUUAAACAAGAUCGCAUCACACUAAGGGUAGGAUCCCAUCGCACUAAGGGUCGGAUCCAAUAAUUCUAAUGGACGACUCAUACAACGAAUCCUGUACUUACCGUUUCUUACUAAAGCCCAAUCCACGUAAAACCGAACAUAUUUUUUAAUAUAUUGUUAAGCAUUUCAAAAAUUAACAAAUCACAUUGUAUGUACACAGAGCACACCCAGAGAGCCUUCUACAAAUUAACCAACCGCAUGGCUUAGCACGGCUCCUACUAAGGUAGACUUCACUUGAAUGAUGUUAUGGACUGUGAAUGUUGUGUAUCGUGUUUGGCCUGUUGCUUCGUUUUGCUGUUUGACUUGUUUUAUAUUGGUGCUAUGCAGAAAAGUUUAAUAAUCAAACAAAAAAUCUUGAAAAAUUAUUUAAACCUU